UUUACAGCAAGUAUGAUGAAGCUGGGGUUGUCCUGUUUGGAACUGAAGAGACUGAAAAUGAGUUGACAAUGGAAGUGGGUGGCUAUGAACAUGUCGCCGUUCUACAAAAUAUUAAAGUUGUUGAUGGAGAUCAUGUUGAAACUUUGAGGCAAAUUCCUCGAGGGACUGUACCUGGUGAUUUUCUUGAUGCAAUUGUGGUUGGGAUGGAUAUGCUGAUAAAGAAAUAUAGUUCGACAAACAAGGGGAAGAAACGACUGUGUCUAAUGACUAACGGUUUAUCUCCAAUCAAGGAUCCAUACGAGGGAAGUAAAGAAGACCAGGUCAAUGCCAUUGCCGAGCAAAUGACUUCACAUGGCAUGAAAUUGGAAUGCGUAGUUGUGAGGGAAAGUGUAGUCCGUGGUGAAAAUGUAUCUGUGAUGGAGGAAAAUGAUCGGAUAUUGAAUCUGUUUCCACAGAAAUCCUGCGCAAAGACCAUCUUUGUUGAGAGCUCGACCUCUUUACUAGGUGCACUUAAAACUCGAAAUAUAUCCCCUGUUACAAUAUUUAGAGGGGAUCUUGAAAUCAGCCCCAAACUCAAUAUAAAGGUGAGUUUUAUGAUCUUUAUGGAAAAAGAACCAAAGCAGUUCAAUGAUUUCUUGCACCAGCUCUGCAAAUUCUGCCUGCAAAACGAUCUUCGGAGUUUCUGCGAUUUCCUUGCCACCAAAGGGAUCACGUUGAUCUCCAAGACCGAAGCCGCAGACAGGCUCAUAAAUCGUUCUUUCUACACGAGCAGCGACGUCACAGAGGAAGAGGCUAGAAGCUUUUUGGUGAGAAGCGAGCCGAAGCCAGAAUGA